UUGCGACUCUCUAAACCACCACUUUGCACUUUGAUGAUGGUGGUGGUGGCGGCGGCGGCGGCAUAUAAGUAGCUCUGUUAAAACUCCAGGAGUCCUACCAGGAAGUAGGAGAGCAUGACCUGAUUCGGGGGCUCCAGUGAACUACUGUUCCUUGUCUUCGGAAAGUUUGGAAAAGUCGAGAGAAAUAGCAGUUCGCUGGAGCACCCCAGCCCUCGCCGCCGAAUCAGCUCAUCGUGCGCUCUCUCCUGUCUCUAGCAGCCACCAGGCAGUUGGAAACCAGAUUCUGCCAUUGCCCAGGACCUUGCCCACAGAGGAUUUGGCUGAGGUGUUCCAGUGGCAGCUGCAGUGCAAAGGGAGGGCAUCUCUGGACAGCCUUCCUUGGGAGGCCGUGGAGACCUGUACUUCCCCCACCCCUCUGCUGGCUGGCGGGGAGGGUGAUGGCCGGCUCUGGCCAGCUUGCAUUCUUCCUAGCAGUAUCUCUCCAGUCCCUCUUACAGCUGGCAUCAGGUCAAGGCAAUAGCACGGGAGGACCCACAUCAUUGCCAACCUCUCAGCCACAUGGCCUUACGAAGCCGCAGCUGAUUGCAGCUAUCACCGUGCCCUGUGUGGUCGUGGGGCUCUUGCUGAUUGGCCUCUUGGUCUUCAUGGGACUCAAAAUCCGGGAGAAGCGCCAGACGGAAGGUACCUACCGGCCCAGCAGUGAGGAACAGGUGGGUGCCCGUGUGGAGACUAACACCAACCUCAAGCUUCCCCCGGAAGAGCGACUCAUCUGAGAUGGGGAAAGAGCUCUGUGCUUGCAAGGAGCUGCUCGGCACGCUGGACUCUCUUUUUAACCACAUGGACCUGCUGCGGUCAGGCUUGAAGCUUCCAGCAUGCCCUAAGCAUUCAAGGCAGGCUGGAUGUGAACUGCCAUAAAUGGGGUGUUGCCAAGGGGGCUUUGGAGGAAUCCUUAAAGCAGAUGCUUGCAUGUGGCUGCAGUGACUAGAGACAGUUGAGUGCUGCAUCCGAUCUUGCCCCUUUGUGCAUGCAGAAGAGAAAUGGCUGCCCCCCACUUUGUAUGCCGCCUGGUGCUGGGUCCUUGCUCUUUGUGCUGUCCAGAAGGAAGAACUCUCUUUCCUGCAAGGGAGACUGCCUGGGAUUUCCGCUGGAGCUGACAGGAGUUAUUGCUUUGUGUAAAUAAAGGAAGGACAUGGGGCAUUGGGUGGCAAGCAGAUGUGAAGCGGCCUGCCAUGUGGGGCCUGGUGGGGUGGGGGUUGCCUUUUCAAUUUUUCUAAAAAGAGAGUGUAUUGCACCAUGCCUUUUAAGUGUGCCACUAUUUAAUAAUAAAACAAAUGAAUUUCC